GGUGGAUGGCGGUGGCGCGGAGCAUGGGGCCGGAGCGGGUGUGUCCCGAGGAACCGGGGCCGCCGGAGGCCCCCGAUGGUGCGGCGGGCUGGAGCGGUGACGAGGAAGAAGAGGAAGAAGAGGAGGAGGAGGAGGAGGAAGGCGGCGGCGGGUAUUUGUACCAGCCGCUGAGCCAAGAGCCGGAGCAGGGCCCCGGUGAGGCGGGCCCCCCCGCCGCCCCGGCGGGCUGCGCUGAGGAGGGCCCCGGCCUGCAGGAGCGGCUGCAGAUGCUGAGGCUGCACCUGCCCGACCCGCCGGUGGACAGCGAGGAGGAGGAGGAGGAUGAGGAGGCGGCAGUGGCGGCUGCGGAAGGCGCAGCGGCUCAGAGCAGCCGAAGCUCCAUCCCCAUGGAUGCAGAGCACGUGGAGCUGGUGAAGAGGACGAUGGCCGGCGUGAAGCUUCCCACCCUGGGCAUCCCCGCCUGGGCCAGCCAGAUCUCGGAGGACCAGUGGAGGGACGUGGUGCAGCGCACGCUGCAGGCCCGGCAGAGCCUCGGUGGCCCCAGGCCCGAAUGGAAGUGAGGGCUGAGCUGCGGCGCGGGGGCUGCUAACCCCAGCCCUCCCUCCGCCGCGCAGGCGAGGCAGGCAGCUGCUGCCUCGGAGCCGAGCGGUGACGGGACUUGCCGGCAUCGACCUUCCAGUUUCUCCCACUGACGUUGUCCGACUUCCCUUCCCGCUCCUCCUUCCUGGUUCUGGCUGGCGCGUAAGUCACUGCGAUGUCCUUGUGUUGGCUUCCUCUGCCUGCGAGGAGCCCGACCUGUUUCCAUACCUGUGUGCGUGCGGAGGGAGGGGGGGUUAGCCAGCUUUGCCUGUAUUCCCUUGGGACAAACGCUGGAUUCGUCCCUGUGCU